AUGAAACUGCAAUUUCUUAUGAAUUCUUCUAAUUCUGACAGUGUCUCCAAUGGAUUUUCUCAAAAAAUGACCUUUAUAGACCCACCUUCUGUGCACUUUCUCGAGGAUAAAGAGAUUGGUGGAAUGGAGACUGAAGAUGAGGAAAUUGGAAGGAAAAGUGCACACACAAAACUGUGUGCCAGAGGCCAUUGGAGGCCUCAUGAAGAUGCUAAACUCAAAGAACUUGUUGCCCAGUUUGGUCCUCAAAACUGGAAUCUCAUUGCUGAGAAACUUCAAGGAAGAUCAGGGAAAAGUUGCAGAUUGAGAUGGUUCAACCAAUUGGAUCCAAGGAUUAACAGAAGUGCUUUCACUGAUGAAGAAGAAGAAGCACUUUUGGCUGCACACAGAGUGUAUGGCAACAAAUGGUCCCUGAUUGCUAAGCUAUUCCUCAGAAGGACUGAUAAUGCAGUCAAGAAUCAAUGGCAUAGGCAGCUAGAGGAAGAAAUAAUCAUUGAAGAAGAAUCAUUGGCUGCUCUUACUGAACUUUUUCAUGGAUUUCUUGCUACGGGUACCAUAGGUACAGAACCAAUCAAUACAAAUCCUUCAACAUUGACAUUUUCCUUUUCUGUAGAUCACAUAGAAGAAAAUGAACUGAAGCUAAUCAGUGGCGACUUGGAAAAGGUUCUGGGAGGUGAGGGUAGAGAUGAGAAAUGUAAUCUCUCAUUGGGAUUGGGUAGAAAUAGUCAUGUCAGUGCUCGAAGUAGCAUCGUUACACUUGGUGGAAAACAAAUAGAAAAUGCAGCCAUCAAUAAGAAUGAAGGAAACAUCCGUCCACUGCAAAGCUGUCUUUUUGGGCCGGCCAUUGGAUCACCAGAAAGAGAGAUAGACACACACUGGAGCGAGGAAUUUAUCAUUUUAAAGAUCAGGAACCCAUCCUUCGAAAAUCUAAAUCAAGUUUAA